AUGGCCGCCGCCGCGAGCAUCAUCCCGCCAUUGGCAGAGAGGCCGAUCAAGAAUACCAUCUGCCUCUUCGACGUCGAUGGCACCCUCACGCCUGCGAGACGGCCCGUCUCCCCCCAAAUGCUCCAACUCCUCUCCGCCCUCCGCCACAAAGUCGCCAUCGGUUUCGUCGGCGGCUCCGACCUCGCCAAACAACAAGAACAACUCGGCACCGCUGAGAUCCCCGUCACAACCCUCUUCGAUUUCUGCUUCGCCGAGAAUGGGCUGACCGCCUACCGGAUGGGCCAACCCCUCGCCUCGCACUCCUUCAUCAAGUGGAUUGGCGAGGACAACUACAAGAAGUUGGUGAGGUUCAUCUUGCAUUAUGUCGCGGAUCUGGAUAUCCCGGUCAAGAGGGGCACAUUUGUGGAGUUCAGGAACGGGAUGAUCAAUGUUAGUCCGAUUGGGAGGAAUGCUUCGAUUCAGGAGAGGUUGGAUUAUGAGAAGUUUGAUUUGGCGAAUAAUAUCAGGACGACGUUUGUGGAGACGCUGAAAAAGGAGUUUGGGGAUCUGGGGUUGACCUACUCCAUCGGUGGCCAAAUCUCCUUCGACAUCUUUCCCAAGGGCUGGGAUAAGAGAUACUGCUUGCAGCACGUCGAAAACGAGAAGAACCUACCCGGCGGCGUGGAGUACACUACCAUUCACUUCUUCGGCGACAAGACUUUCAAGGGCGGCAACGACAACGAGAUCUUUGAGGACUCGAGGACGAUCGGUCAUACUGUACAGAAUCCGGAAGAGACGAUGGUACAGCUGAAGGAGUUGUUCGGCAUCUAG